ACGGCCACCCUCGCGCAAAACCACCCUUGUAGCUGCGCAUUGUCGCGCAAUCUUGACCACCAAGCUCGCGCACGUUACAAGCCCUCGCACGUCGACUACCGAGACUCUGAUGCCGUAUAUGGACCCCAGCACCCGCACGCGCUGAAACGUGGCACUGGGCAUUCACUGCAAACAAAUAUGCCCCCUCGACGCGGUGAAUCAAUCGAACGCAACGAUGAGUACGACUCCUUCAUCAAAACCGUCACAAAAUACCAUGAAGCUCGCGGGACGACCUUCGACCCAGAGCCUAAAGUCGGCGUUCGUCACAUCGAUUUGCUGAAUCUCUAUCGACGCGUGACCGAAGAGGGUGGAUAUGAUCUGGUGUCAGAUAGGGACGCGAAGCCUUUGAUGUGGCGGAAGCUGGCGGAAGAAUUCGUCGGCAAGAAUCAAUACACCGCCGCGCAAGCGUUUCAGAUCAAGAACGUGUACUACAAGAAUCUGUGCGCCUACGAGAUCAGCACACAUUGGGGCAAGGAACCGCCGCCGAAAGAGAUCUUAGAAGAGGUGACUGCAAAGGGCGGCAACGUCAUGUCACGAACGCUGGACAAUUUCGCGCGGCCCAGCAGCAGGGAGCAAGUGAACCUCGAGAAUGGCGAUGCAAGCGAUAACAGCCCAGAAGAACAAAAAACACCAGAGAAGGAGAAGCCCGAGGAGGAUUCAAACGGCGCGGGCGCACGUACACGCGGGCUACGACAGCAGCCACCGCAGCGAGUACUUUUCCAGCCCGACCUUACCUCCGCACGUCAGAAUCGCAGCCAGACCACCGCUGCUUACGGCUCUCCUACCCCCACUGGCCCCGGCACGAAUGGCAUCAUGAAUACUGCUUCAUGGGCUAGUGGUGCUUCGUCCACUCUUGCUUCAUACGAGCCUUCGCAGUCAUACCCUCUGUCGCUGAAACCCGCCACCACCCCCGCGAACAAUCCGGAAUUCUACCAUUUGGAGCGCAAGCGGAAGCUCGAGGCGAAUGCGGGACCACUGGCGAAGAAGUACAAGAACAUCAUGCUUCCGGGUACGGGGUUUAUUGGACCUAGUAUCUACACGCGGGCGCAACUCGCGCUCCAAUGUGGUCUACCGGAAGAGGAGCAGUAUGCACUUCAUCACUUGGUCAAGAUUAGCCACGAGCGAGGAGACAAGUACCGCUUCGACCAAUUCCCCGGCCUUGCAGAAGCGUUGGUGAAGAAGGCACUGCAAGUCAGUAGUCUUUUCUACGAUGUUGAGUGGGAUGUAACAUACGACGAGGAUUCGGGGACGAUUGAUGACGAGGUCUUGAACGGCCUUCAUGGAACCUCGGACAUCAUCCAACGACUACGGUCCAAGAUUCCACUGGUAUCGAACGACAGUAUCCAGGACGCGGACUUCCUGUCCAAGAUGAACCGCAUCACUGAAGCCGGUCUGAUCAUCCGGAACAUGUGUAUGCAUGACGACAAUGCAAAGUACCUGUCCAUGCAGCCGAUGGCGCGCGACUACCUCGCCAUUGUCCUAAACCUUCCACAACACAGCAGCAUCGUCGAGCUUCAACAUUACGCGCUGGAGGCUGCCGAGCAGAUCUUGAAGCACUGCGAUAUUGGCCGGCAUGACGCUCUUUACCACAGUCUGCUCAUGCAACUCGACAGAGAGGACCGCGGAGCUGUCACGCUGGCUUUGCGAGCCAUCAGUAGGAUCGCGAUGCAUCUCAAGCUGCCCAAGCGAUUGGACGACGUGUCCGACAAUACGCUACAAAAAGCACAAGACUGGCUGAUGGUAGAAGACGAGGAAUUGCGGACCGCCUGCCUCGACUUCCUCAUGCAGUACACAUCUUUUGCGGACAAUGUCGAUAAUCUCCUGCAAGCUGUCGACGCCGAGCUGCUUGUCAGGCAACUAAGCAGACUGCUAUUCUCCGGUGCGAAGGAACACAAGGAGCAGAAGCCUCUUGCUCGGCCGGAGAAUGACGACUCCGCCGGCCCAGUGCCCCGGCUCUCGAAAAGCGUUGUCGAGGCUUUGUUGAAGUUGGACGAGCCCGAGCGCUCUUCUGAGUGGUUGCGAAUGUGCUUCUUGGCCGAUGUCAGCUCUGAAAUGACGCAGAUAUCGCUGUGGCAAGCAUAUCAGGCCACAUUUUCCACUUUCCACGCCACCCACCCACACUUGGUCGCCGGCGAUUUCAUCAAGAACGUCAGUAACACUUUCAUGGGUGCGACGGCGCAAGUUGCGGGCUCGAACAAAUACGUCAUCAGAGGCAUCAAGCCGCGAAAGGUGCCGGUGGACACAUCGGUGCUUUCAGGGGUUCGCACGAACGACAAGCCAAAGGAAUUGCAGAAAUGCUGUUGGAAGGUAUCGACAACUGUUGAAUCGCCUAGAGAUCCUUCGACGGGAAUGCAAGGACCCCCCAUGACCCGAGAGAAUGAGUGCGCCGAAUGGUUCAGAGAUGGGCGCGAUCUGUUGAAACAUAUCCUCAACGCCCACCUGCGCAUCCCGAGCAAGAAGGUGGAAACUGUAAAGCACGAAGAGGGCAUGGAACCCGAGUCGAAUUCUACGCCGGUCACCUCGGCAGCCUCGCCGAAGCUCGCCAAUGGAACGGGUACGGAUGCCCCCGGGAGCAGCUUCGAUUUCCAGGCCGCAGACAAUGCCAUCCACCAUUGCAGAUGGGCCAAUUGCACCCGCACUUCCCAGGACUACUUGGCUUCGAAGACACCUCGUACCCUCCUUCUGGCUCGCCAUAUCCAGACUCAUCUGCCCGACACAUCGAGCGCGAAGAACGAGCACAAUCUCAAGCCUCAAACAGCUCGACAGCUUGCAUCUACCGCGCCAUCGUUCAUGACGAGUCUUCAAGACGAGAAGAACGAUGCGGCGGGAGUGCCACUCGGGGCCGCACUGGUCCUUCGCAACAUCGCAAAAUUUAUCCCGCAGAAGACUUCGGCUGUGUCUGCUGCAGAGGGCAUGCGUGAAGUCCUGGGCGGCGAGAAGAUCGAGGAGAAGGAUGAGCAGAAGGAUACACCCAUCGGGAGUGUGUUCAACGAUUCGGUUCAAGACACGCUGUUCUAUGCCUUUGCGCAUCAGCGAACGGUCAGGGAUUAUGUUGGCUACAUUUUCCGAGCGAUACGAGCCAGUGGUGGUUGAUUCGUGUUUGCAAGGUGGAGCUGCGGAGCGUAGAGGGUGAUGUAGUAGUCUAGCCGUUGGUAUGAAUGAGAAUAUGCGCAUUCUCCAGCACG